GGGUAUGGAAAGUCAUCCAAAGUAAACAUAUACGUGUUUAUCUGUAAUUUAGAAUGAUAUGUACCGUCUAAAAGAGGAUGACAAAGCAGUAUUUAAAAAUCCUAUAAAACAUCGAGACCAAACCAGGCUUUUUAAAUAAGAACGUAUAACCCAAACCGGUACAUCGAAGUCAUUUACAAUAUUACUAAGUUAUAAUUAUGGAAUUGAAUAUAAAGAGUGAGGUCCAACUGAAUGAUGGGAAGAAGAUGCCAUUGUUUGGCUUGGGGACAUGGCAGUCAAAACCAGAUGAAAUAACCAAGGCUGUGUCAGCAGCACUAGACGCUGGUUACAGACAUAUUGAUACGGCAGCCAUAUAUGGGAAUGAACAUGUGAUCGGGGAUAUCCUUCAAGAGCGAAUCAAAGCGGGGAAAAUGAAGAGGGAAGAUGUUUACAUCACAACCAAGCUUUGGAUAACACAGAUGGCUAAGGAUGCAGUUGUUCCUGCUCUGAAAAAGAGUUUAGAGAAACUUCAACUGGAUUACGUUGAUUUAUAUUUGAUACAUGGCCCUGCAGGGCUAGUGAGCCGAGAAGAUGGAACACCUAUGCCUCUUACCAAAGAUGGAAUGCUUGAUAUCAAGAGCUAUGACCUCACUGAGACUUGGAAGGGUAUGGAAGAUUGUGUGAAGGCUGGAUUGGCUAAGUCAAUUGGUUUGUCAAACUUCAAUUCAAAACAAGUCACAACUAUUCUGGACAAGGCAAACAUAAAACCUGUGACAAAUCAGGUCGAGUGCCAUUGUUACUUCCAACAGAACAAACUUGAAGAAUUCUGUAAGCCAUAUGGAAUUGUCCUCACUGCCUAUGCCCCAAUAGGAUCUCCUUCCAGACCGUCGAAGACAGACGAUGAACCAGUCUUGUUGGAGGAUCCAGUUGUCAAAGAUAUAGCAAAGAAAUAUAACAAAACUACAGCACAAGUUCUAUUAAGGUUUCUGCUACAGAGGGGAAUUGUUGUCAUUCCUAAGAGUGUUACACCUUCAAGAAUCAAAUCUAAUUCAGAGCUUUAUGACUUUGAGCUUGUCGCAGAAGAUAUGAUAAAACUUCGAUCCAUUGAUAAAAAAGACAGGUUGUUUGAAAGCUUCAAAAACAAAGGGGCAGAUAAACACCCAGACUAUCCAUUCCACGAGGAGUUCUAAUCAAUUAAGGAUUAUCCGAAUACACUACUACCAGCUACUUAUAGACAUUUAUGAGUUUAGACUUUUGGUAAUUUAUCUAUAUAUUGUAGAAGCUACGUCUAUAUACUAUUAGGCUGUAUGUAUCAAUGGACUAUGAAAAUCUCAAACAGACACGCACAGGAUAUUUUGUAAUUGUUGUUUAUUUUUCUUGCACAUAUUAUAUAUUCCCUCCAAAUAAAAUUCAUAUUCUAUCCCCCAUUAAAUAACCUCUAUAUAUAAUGUGAAAACCUUAGACAGAU